AGACUACCCGAGAGCCUUCUAUAUACAAGGCCUGGGUUUUCCUCAUUAAAAUAUCGUAUCUUAGAGUACCUUGAAUAUUUAUCGGCGUUUAUCGCCAGAUACCUCAACAGGAAAAAGGGGUGGGGAACAAUUCUCGCUUUAUCUAGCGGGAGGUUGGAGUGUACUAGGGAACUGGUUAUGGCAUUAUAGUGGUGUAUUAAGUGUGUUGAACGUGAAAAGCAAUGUUGUGACUUGUCCAGGAUGUGCAAUAAAGGUUUUCUCAGGGUUUGGACGGGCACAGUAAGUUGUCUUGUGAUUCCCGGCUAUCAUAUCACGGUUCGAGUAUUCAUGGACCAGUACCGGGUUUUUCGCACCGCUCCCGAACGAUUGAGUGACCUAGGGGAACAAGAUAGACUAUCGGUUCCAAGGGAGUGCCGGAGAAUCGCGCAGAGGGAGUAGUCAUGAAAACCGUUUUUUUUUAGGGGUUUUUUUUCCCCUCUCGAACUGGUUUAAUCGUUCGGGGGGAGCUCUCGAAUAUAUUUAGUUUUCCUAUGUGGAUCGUAAAGGAAAUUCUA